AUGGACAACGCAGCCCAGAGGAACGAGCUUUCGUUGGUACUUGAAGAGUACGGCUCGUUUUUCCCGGAGUGCAACCUUCAAACCGUGGUGCAAAGACCAGUUGAUUUCUACAAUCCGUCGAAGAAGCCCCAAAACCACCUCCACAUUUUGACUGCUCUGGGAGACGAGUUCAAGGUCACGGUCGAUAUCAGAGGCUGGUCCUUGCUAACAGACACUCGGUGCUAUGAGACCUUUGAAUCGUUGAUGAUGAAUGUGUCGCCUGAUUUCCAGGCACACUUUGGUAAUGAACUCAGUGCUAAGCUUGAGAAGUUGCUCCAAAAGUGA